AAUCAUGCGUGUAUUAUUAUUACACUGCACAAAGUAUUUCUUAUACAAUUUGUACUUAUCGGCUCCACCGUGUGGUCGACCUUAGCCAAUAGAUAAGUAUUCCCCUCAAAAAGUUUUUAGGUGUUACAUUAAAAAGCUGGUGAUGGCUAGUUUUGGAAAAAGGAAGCGAACUCAUGAAGAAGCUAAUGAAGACUCUAGCUCACAAACUGAUUCUCUAAAUCAUCUUCUUGUUUCUGCCUAUAGUUCUCUACCAAGAUGCUGUCGACCAGCUCCAUUCAGUAAUGAGCCUGAGGCUAUAAGGGAGAGACGAAACUGCAACUAUUCCAUUAAAAUUACCAUGGAAAUGGCUAAAAGUGGAGUUGUGCCAAGAAAAAUUAGAGUUUAUGCUGAUGGAAUCUACGAUCUCUUUCAUCAAGGUCAUGCAAGACAGCUUAUGCAGGCUAAAAGUGCUUUCCCAAACACUUAUCUUAUUGUAGGGGUUAAUAGCGAUACAAUGACACAUGAGAACAAGGGGAAAACUGUCAUGACAGAUGAUGAGAGAUAUGAAGCUGUUUCUCACUGCCGUUAUGUUGACGAAGUGGUCAGAGAUUGUCCGUGGGUAAUUGAUAAUGAUUUUCUACAAAAACAUAAGAUUGAUUUUGUUGCCCAUGAUGACUUGCCUUACACAAUAGGGGGGCAUGAUGAUGUUUAUAAAGAGAUCAAAGCCAAAGGCAUGUUCCUCGUCACUGAACGCACGGAAGGUGUAUCUACAUCUGAUUUGGUUUCUAGGAUAGUGAAAGAUUAUGAUCUAUAUGUGCGAAGAAACCUUGCCCGAGGUUAUUCUGCUAAGGAAAUGAAUAUCUCUUUCUUGAACGAGAAGAAAUUCUUGUUCCAGAAUAAGAUGGAUGCUUUACGUGAUAAAGGCAAGAUGCUGGUAGAAAACAUAGAAGGAAAGCGUAAUGAACUCAUUCAGAAAUGGGAAGAGAAAUCUCGUGAUUUCAUUUCAUCUUUUCUUGAUUUAUUUGGUCGAGAUGGAAGACUGAACAACUUAUGGCGAGAGAGUAGUGGACGACUUCGUAGAGCACUAAGUCCUCCAGCAAGUCCAAGCCGAGAAUGUUCAAAUUCACCACCCAAUAAAAUGUUUAGGUUUGAGAGCAGUUUUGACUUGUAUGGAACAAGUAGGAGUCAGUAUUAUAUGGAUGAGACUGUUGAGCCAAAUGAAUAAUUCCAUGACUAUCUGUAUUAUUAAGCUCUGUUUGUUUCAAUGGUUAAAAAAAAAAAA